AUGGCUUUGCCUCCACCUAUUGUGGGGAAUGUCACGUCAUCUGAGGAAGAAAUGCCUCGGGGGCAUCUCAUCUUCGACGCUAAUUUCGAAUGCGGUGAGACGAUUAAAAAAGUUACAUCAGUUACGAAUUCUUUGAAGCAUUUUAGGAUUUCUUAAACUUUUAUUUCAGGAAAUCUUGGAAGAGUGGACGAGCUGAGUAUGUUUGAAUACGAUCUGUUUAUCCGCCCCGAUACCUGUAAUCCCAAAUAUCGAGUUUGGUUCUAUUUUUCUGUCAAGAAUAUCCAACAAAACCAACGAAUCAUGUUCAACGUGGUCAAUUUCUCGAAACUCCGCAAUCUCUUUGACACUGGGCAGGCCUCUCCUGUUUACAGAGAAUGUGGGGAUACUGUGGGAGAGUGGUGAGAAACAGUUGAAUAAAGCAAGCCUAUUUAGGAGUCGUAUUGCUCCAAAGAAUAUUUAUUACUACCGAAGCCAGGUUCAUGGGGAUCGCUUCAUCCUUUCGUUUGUGCAUGUCUUUAAAAACGUGUUUUCCUGCGAAUUUGCGUACUGUAUUCCAUACACUUACACACAAUUACAAGACUACUUGACAAUUCUAGAUCAACGGCAGAUGGAUUAUUUCAAACGGGAAGUGUUAUGUCUUACUGUGGUAAGAUAGGACCAGAAUACAGAAAAUGCUUUUAUAGCAAAAAAGACGGGUAGAUCUUCUCACAAUCACUUCUCGCGAGAACAUGCUAAACGAAACAAAAAAGGAAAAAAUUGUCUUCAUCACGGCUAGGGUUCAUCCAGGAGAAAGUCCUUCCAGUCACGUGAUUCAGGGCUUUCUGGAUUAUUUAUUGAGCGAUGACAAAAGAGCGAAGCGUUUACGGAAUUUAUACGUUUUCAAGAUUGUCCCCAUGUUGAACCCAGAUGGGGUUUUUCUUGGAAAUUACAGGUAAUUACCGCAAAUGACAGCCGUCUACUCUAUAAUACUUAUGUUUUAGAUGCUCUCUGAUGGGGUUUGAUCUUAAUCGGCAAUGGCAGCAUCCCUCGGUUUGGGCCCAUCCCACAAUUGCGGCUACUAAGGCUUUGCUAUUACACUACAACACCAAUUCUGUGAGUCAAUCUCCAUCUCUUUAUCGUUGCUUUUUUAUUUCCAGAGAUCAGAAGUGGUGCUAUGUUUGGAUCUCCAUGCCCAUUCUCAGCGGACCAACUCUUUUUUAUACGGAAAUCUGGCUUCAAUGUCACCUAGAAAGUGCGAUCAACAACUUCUGUUGCCGUACGCUCUCUCAGAAUUAACUGACGACUACAGCCUUCGAUAUACCCAAUUCAAUACAGAUGUGGAGAAAGCGGGGACCAACAGAAGGUAUGCGAGUUAAGCAUAACUGAGACUUUUUAGAACGAUGGGGGAAUUGCUGGAUGACAAUUGUUUGUGUUAUACUAUGGAAGUGUCAUUCUUCUCAUACAAACCAAAGGAUAAUCAAGAGGAACAAGCAGUCCCGUAUCUAAAAUCAGGCUGUAAGUAAAAGUAAAAUAAAAAAUUCCGAAAAUCAAAAAAAAAAAAAAAAUUGCUGUUUCAGAUGAACUCUUGGGGAGAAAUCUGGGAAUUGCGUUGCUCAGAUAUCACGAUCUUCAAGGAAAUGCCAGUAAAGUGAACAUGGAUCGUGAUUUCGAAUCGUUCCUCUCAAAACGUUGUGUUCGGACUUAUCGAGCUGUAAGUUAAUUUAGGCGAAAAUUAUUUGUUUGCUAUUACUGUGCCCAUGACAUGACGACGCUCAUUACAGAGUCGCAACCGGAGUAAGGUCAACGAGCGUGCCACGGACUGA